AUGAACAGUCCAGUUUAUAGCACUAACCUUUUGGCAUUGCAACCAAAAAAGGCGGCUAAACGCCGCACUUCACCAGUAGACUCCUACCAUCCUGUUGUUAAUCUCAGUAAAGCUGAGGUCUCAACGGUUGAAAGAGAACAACUGCAAGCAUUCUUUUUGGAAUUUCGUGAUCGCAUCUCGCAUAUUUAUGACUUAGAAGGAAUUGAACGAUCAAGAAUCAAUAGCAAGAAGCUGCUCAAAGCCGGUAGAAUAAAAGAAAAAGACACCCCGUGGAUCUACGACACGGUUCUUGUCAGAAAACGGGACGGAUCUCUACGAGUUUGUCUCGACUUUCGCCCACUCAAUGAAAUCACGAUACCCGACCAUUAUCCGCUUCCGCGAAUAGAUGAUAUCCUGGGAAAGAUUGCAUGGAACAAGUAUUAUACGUCCCUGGAUCUGGCCUCGGUCUACAUGCAACUUUUGCUAUCCCCGGAAAGCCAAGCCAAGUGCGGCCGGGCCAUGCAUCGAGGUGUCUAUCAAUUCGUGUAUCUUCCUUUUGGUCUUAAGAACGCGGGCGCCUAG